UUCCUCACUGGACGAGACCUAGUGACGUCACGAAAGGACAAAGCGCUCUACAUCCGGGUCAUCCGGCCUGUCUCCGAGCUUCCGGUCACAGCUCAGCGUAGCCAGCACCUUGAGACACUGAGAGACGUAGCUCCUCCAGCAGCAGGACAGACAGGACAGGAGACAGGAACACCAACAUGUACCCCACCGCCCUGACGCAGCUGGCCCGGGGGAACCCGUUCAGCGCCCCCCUGUUCAGCCUCCAGAGAGUGGAGGAACCCCAGCAGAGCCUCCAGGGACCACAGAGGAGCCGCAGGCUGGCAGCAGCCGCCACCGCAGAAGAGGAAAUCAGUUGUGAGUUCGGCUCUCAGAAGUAUUUGCUCCUGUGCGGCUUUGGUGGGAUUCUGAGCUGUGGCACCACGCACACAGCUGUCGUUCCCCUCGAUCUGGUCAAAUGCAGAUUGCAGGUGGACCCAGAUAAGUACAAGAGCAUCGGCAACGGCUUUAAAUUGACGGUGAGAGAAGAUGGUUUCAGAGGCCUGGCGAAGGGCUGGGCUCCCACCUUCAUCGGCUACUCCAUGCAGGGACUCUGCAAGUUCGGCUUCUAUGAAGUGUUCAAGAUCUUCUACAGUGACUUGAUAGGAGAGGAGAACACCUACCUGUGGAGGACAUCGCUGUACCUGGCUGCCUCAGCCAGCGCAGAGUUCUUUGCAGACAUCGCUCUGGCUCCCAUGGAGGCUGUCAAAGUUCGUAUCCAGACCAAGCCGGGCUACGCCAACACCCUCAGAGAGUGUGUCCCCAAGAUGUACGCGGAGGAAGGAAUCUGGGCUUUCUAUAAGGGCGUGGUGCCCCUGUGGAUGAGGCAGAUCCCCUACACCAUGAUGAAGUUUGCCUGCUUCGAGCGCACCGUGGAGACGCUCUACAAAUAUGUUGUUCCCAAGCCCCGCAGCGAGUGCACCAAAUCUGAGCAGCUGGUGGUCACCUUUGUGGCCGGUUAUAUCGCUGGCGUGUUCUGUGCCAUCGUGUCCCACCCUGCUGACUCCGUGGUGUCUGUGCUGAACAAGGAGAGUGGCAGCACCGCCGUCCAGGUCCUCAAGAAGCUGGGACCCAAAGGUGUGUGGAAGGGUCUGGUUGCCCGUAUCAUCAUGAUCGGUACUCUGACCGCCCUGCAGUGGUUCAUCUACGACUCCGUCAAGGUCUACUUCCGCCUGCCCCGCCCCCCUCCCCCCGAGAUGCCAGAGUCUCUGAAGAAGAAGCUCGGCCUCACAGAGUAACCCCCCCAGCCCACCAAUGAGCCACCCCUCCUCAAACCUCCAGAGCGCACACAGCAGUUUUCUAUAUUUAUGUCCUCGGCUCCUGAGCACAGAGCUGCUACUACUACUAAUGUAUAUUUAAAAACAGAAAGAACGAGCGAGGAGAGAAGAUGGAACUGUCGCCAGAAAAUAUUCCUCUGUAGAAACACCCGUCUGGUUUUAUCAUUUCCUGUCAUUAGAAAAUUGUUGAAAUUCUAAUAAAAGAAUUUAAUUCCCUGGAAAA